GGGUACAGUCGCGUCCCAACGCCAGAACACAGGCAGCACGCUUGUCAGUGGCAAACAAGCCAGAAAUCGCGAAUUCCCAUCAAGAUGCCGACCACGAGAAGUCAGUCGAAUGGUACAGCGAAAACUGGUAAAGAUGCCUCACCAAAUGCCAUUACUGGUACGAAACGCAAAGCCUCCACGACGAAGUCCACACCAGCGAAGAAGGCAAAGAACGCGCCCACAAAACAAACGAAAAUCGAGCCGGAGUCGGGAAAUCUGGACACCAAAGUCGAAGAUGAUGCAGAGGAUGAAACUGUCAUAAUCAACCGCGCUCCCGUGCUAGAACUUUGGGGAGCCUGCAUCACACAAACACUUCACCCAUCGCUUGCCUGGUCGACAUGUCUCAGCGUGGGCUCCGCCAUCAGCACUCUCGCCGCCAUUUCGAAGGGUCGCUCAAUAGGCAAGAUUGACAAGCCUGACAGCACCGAACAAGCUGCUAAGCAGCAGAAGCGUAAAAAGGAACAGGUAGAGCUAGAAGAAGUCGACGUCAUGAGCUUUCAUCUCAAGCUGAAAGAUGGGUCGGCUGUGGUUGGUGAUCAGCCAAAGAAAGCGAAUGAGGACACGUUGAAGAAGAAAUAUGGAGGGGACGAGAACUACAAUAAGGUCAGAAAGGCGAUGCUGGAAGCGCUAGAAGGAUGGAAGGGCAAAGAGGAAGAGCUGAGUAAGAGAGCGUUUCACAUGUAUGAGGACUUCCGGCCCAAUAUUGCUCCCGGGCAAAAAGGCUGGGGUAGGAAGGGCGAAUUGAGCUUGAAAAGCAUUCGGGACACUGUGGAAGGCUGA